CACGGUCAAUAUGAAACACGGAAGUGUCUUCAAAAAUCAACAUACCCGAAGGCAUUUAAUAAAACGCCGUUACAUAAGAAUAAAUUACACGCACGUUUCAGUCGCAAAAAUGAGGAGUUAUCGUGAUUAAAUGGAUACAAUAGAAUGCUGAUGUCAAAGAUGAAGGCCUUGCGCAUUAUUCUGAUGACCAUCGUGCUGUGUUUUUAUCUAAGCUCUGUUGUUUUCCUAGCUGUCAAUGGCCGACGGAUGCGCCGCCGGCUUGACGAGUUUGGUGAGAUGAUAUUGCUGACCGCCGACAGAAACCCGAUGGACUUUAACGGAUACGGAAAUUGGUGUGGAUUCGGUGGUAGCGGUGAAGUAGUUGAUGAAAUUGACCAAUGCUGCAAAGUUCACGACAAAUGCUAUUUAAGACUGAAUAAUGGCGACUGUGAUACGUUGUUAAAAUACAAGAUAUAUACAACACAGUAUAAAUGGUCAUUUAAAUCUGGACAAAUAACUUGCAAUACAGAAGAUCCGUGUGGUGUUCAGCUAUGUCAGUGUGACAGGGCUGCAGCUAUAUGUUUCGGUGAACAUAACUCCGAGUAUAACCCGAACAAUAAACACAAUGGGUUCAUCAGUAGUAUAGGGAGAUUCAUAGGUUAACGUAUCUUAAUUAUUUAUUGUAUGAUGAAGUAUAUUACAUAGACCUUUUAAUGUGAAGCUAUUAAGAGGACAGUUUGUGUGUAAUUCAGCUCAAGUUAGUUGAGCUAAGAACAUACACUUCAAGUAACAAACAACACUUUCCAUGAAGGUAACUUGACAGUAUGUUUUCUGUACCAAGAUUUGAGCAAGUUAUUGAUGAUGAAUAAUCAGCAUAAAAUGUCGUAUAAAAAGCGCGUGAUUUGUAUCGUGCUUAUCACGCAAUUUGUGUGUAUCUUGGUUGUCACACAAUUUCUGAAAUGAUUUUGUUUUUGUAUUUAUAGUUAUAUAUUACAAUUAAAUAUUGUCAACAUAAUUCGUUUUAAAUUU